AUGCUAAAGCGGACCAUGACCGACACGAAACAGGUCUCGCUACAGCAAAAGCUUAUGGAUGCACUGGCCCAGCCUUUCGUGAUUGGCCCACCAGCGUACCAAGAGCAGGUCUCGUCACCGACAGCUAAUCAAUCCUUUAGCUCGUCAUUCAACGCCCCGAGUGCCAUUGGCUCGAGUGUUCAUGGCCAUGGCACUCGAUGGGUGCCGGCGGCGCAAGCUAUCUUCACCACAGAGGCCAAACCACCCUGGACAAUCCUUGCAGCCAAUGAUCUGGCAUGUCUAGUAUUUGGUGUCACAAAGGCUGAGGUGCGGAAGAUGGGUAUCCUGGAAGUUGUACAAGAGGAGAGGAGAGCGUGGCUUGAACGGAAACUGAAACAUGGGGAUACGAUUACUGAUGCCGGAACCGAGUCCGAAACCGAAGUUGUACCAUCAAGUCCAAAACCAGUCGGAGUAUCUACAAGUCUACUGGGAGCACGAGGCGGAGGCAUCACUGCUAAGUUGCUCAGCAAACCGAACUCUCGAUCCCAGACGCCAAAGAUUAAAUCCCCUGCGCGGAGACCAGAGACGUUCCACAGCGGUGACCCAAGACCGCCAAAGCCCAGUGGUGGAGGCCAUGCAAACCACAAGACCAACAAGUCCAGGGGCGUGUUGCUGUGUGGUGACGUGGUGCCAAUCCAGAAACGCAACGGCGCGACAGGUGCUGCAAGUCUGUGGGUUAAAGAAAAGAAAGUCGGCUUGAUCUGGGUUCUAGAGGAAAUUCAUGAGGACGUCGCCUAUCUGACCCUAGAUGAAGACGGUGUUGUAGUCAAGCUAGAUGGCGCUCUGGGUCCAAUCUGGGGCGACGAGAACUUACGACCUGGAAUGGAUGUCGGGAAGCUAAUCCCGCGAAUCCCACGGCAAGGCAUAGAUCCUCGGACAGGUGAGAUCGAUUAUCGGCAGUGCUCAAAACUGAGAUAUUUCACUUGUCGGAACUGCGAUAGAAUCAACAUUCCGGCAACGGUCGAGCAGGUCAGGGGCAGAACAGAACUACGUGUCUCCAGCUUUCCACACAUAGCCGGCAUCAUAGUCGUGUCAACGAGCACCCUGACGAUCAAGAGCUCUAAUUCUGUCUUCUGUGGAGCUCUGUUUGGCUAUGAAAAGCCCGAUGGAAUGUCUAUCAACACGCUGGUGCCAAAUUUCGAGAAGCUGCUUCACAUCCUGAUUGAUGAAGAUGGGAUAAACAUGGUUGAUGGGAUUGUUGUACCCGAGCAUAGUUUCCGCAAGGCCUCAGCAUUCUUGGGUUUGCGAGAGGGACGACCGGAUGCUGCGACCUCCUUCUUGCGCCCUGAAGGACUCCCGGCCAAGCACCGCGAUGGCACUGAAUUGAAAAUCGACGUCCAGAUGAGAGUGGUAACCAGCGAAAAACAGGCUGCAAUUCCCGAAGAGAAUGUAAUAGAGAACAGCGAUGACGAAUCGGUUGCCGGCUCGGAGAAAAAGUUCACCGUCAAUGCAGCCGAGAUGGUAUAUGCACUGUGGAUUACCUACUCGAGGCAUAUGCACGCCACAAAAGCUAACCUUGGAGCUGCCUCGCCCCUACUGUCAGGAACGGCCACGCCGCUACAUCAGCCUUCACCGGGUCAAACACCAGCUCAUACACCUGCGGAAAUAGGAUCGGAUUCGGAUGAACCCAGGGAAAAGCAGAACACGUCUUCGAUGCUUAGCAGACAACUUAAAGAGGUUGCCCUGUCAGCUGCGGCCAGGCUCACCGGCUCACAACGAAUACAAGUGAGAGCCGAUAAAGCUGCUGGGGAGGUCGCCGAGAAGGUAGCCGAAAAAGCAGCUGAGAAAGCAGUGGUGCCUCAGGUAAUCGAGUCACCACCAAAGAAGACUAUCGAGGAUUUUGUUAUUCUCGAGGAAAUGGGCCAGGGAGCGUAUGGUCAAGUCAAGCUUGCUAGGUACAAGCCUGAUGGCCGAAAGGUCGUUUUGAAGUAUGUCACAAAACGGCGAAUUUUGGUCGACACCUGGACGCGAGAUCGGCGACUGGGCACUGUUCCUCUUGAGAUUCACGUGCUUGAUUACCUGCGGCGAGACAAUCUGCGGCAUCCCAACAUUGUGGAGAUGGAAGACUUUUUCGAGGACAGCGUCAAUUAUUACAUUGAAAUGGUCCCGCAUGGUCUUCCUGGCAUGGAUCUGUUCGACUACAUUGAACUUCGCGCAAAUAUGGAGGAAGAUGAAUGUCGAUCCAUAUUCAUUCAGGUGGCGAGGGCAAUUCAUCACUUGCACAUCAAGGCACACGUGGUUCACCGCGACAUCAAGGACGAAAACAUUAUCUUGGACGGGGAGGGCAACAUCAAGCUCAUUGACUUCGGUAGUGCCGCAUAUAUCAAGAGUGGGCCUUUUGAUGUUUUCGUAGGCACCAUUGAUUAUGCCGCGCCCGAAGUGCUUGCAGGCAAACCCUACGGUGGCAAGGAGCAGGAUGUCUGGGCGCUUGGCAUUCUUCUCUACACCAUUAUCUAUAAGGAGAACCCGUUCUACAGCAUCGAUGAGAUCAUGGACCGCGACCUGAGGGUGCCCUACACUAUCAGCGAGGAGAGCAUCGAUCUCAUCCGCUGCAUGCUGAACCGUGAUGUCGCGCAGAGAUACGACAUCACCCAGGUCCUGGAACACCCGUGGUGCCAGGUGGACGAGGAGGAUGAGUAA